UGUGUUUUCAUUUAUUGGGAUUAAAAAAAUGAUUUUUGUUAGGCAAGAAAGAUUGUUGAGGGUUUCCAAGAGCACCAGCUUGGUGGUUCAUAUUUAUGUCAAGGAGAGCAAUAGGGAGUGGUUCACAGACAUAUUGUUUCAGGAAAUGCUCCAGGCAAUUCAGCCGGCGCUUCAAGACAAAUUUUCCGAAAGCCGACAAGACAAACGAAUGGUCAGCGUAUUCACAAACCGUGCAUUUCGUGUGGGUUACUUUAUUGACAAGAGUGAUGGACAGAAUAUCAAGGUGUUGUUGCAAGAGCCAAGGGUCAAGAAUGAAAACGAGACUGAGACUGAGACUGAGACUGAGGCCGAGGCUAAGGUUGGGAGUGGUGGAUUGGAAAAGAACCUGUUUACGUAUACAGGGUUGAGAUCAGCCAGGAGUGUCUUAGUUUUAGUUCCGGAGCCGUUCGAUGCCAACAAUCCAAUUGAUCUUCCAAGCGUGCUAGGGAUAAGCGUAGAAUGAAGAAAAACUUUUUAGGUCCAUAAUAAGAAUGGGGGGAAAGGAUCAAGUCUUAAAUGAUGUAGAUCAGUAUAAAAAAGAUUAUGAUUUUUCAUAUUCAGUUUUCAUUA